AUAAAAGCCAAGUCCUGCCACUUUGGGAAGAAAUUGCGGGCAGCGAGACGGCGGGCUUCGGGUCCAAAACGGGAGCCCAAACGAGCCAAUGAGGGGCCCCAUAAUUGUGCUCAAGUGGUGUACAGUAUCGUGGGACGCAGGCUGCAGAAUUACAGUGUGUUCUGUGAGCAUGCGUACGACAACAGAGAAGACAUGUAGAGCAAAAGGCUGAGGCUCUGGGCUCCAAAAUCCUCUCUGCACGUGACAAUUAGCUUACAGUCUGCUCUGAGAAGAUGACUUCUGCUACGCCGCCCUGCUCUCGCAGCUCUUCCCCUCAAAAGGUUUGCCACUCUCAGACCCAAACUGAUGUUCUGAAGCCGUUGCUGGGUGGUGGCGCUUCUGUUGGAGGUGGGACUCUGAGGAAGAGGAGGCGCAUCCUGUCCAAAGAUGGCCGAAGCAACAUGCGCAUCGAGCACAUCAGUGGGAGGAACGCUCUCUAUAUGCGUGACCUCUGGACAACUUUUCUUGAAAUGCCAUGGCGCUACAAGUUCUUCCUGUUUACAGCAACGUUUGCAGGGACCUGGUUUCUGUUUGGGGUUGUGUGGUACCUCGUCGCUUUGGUGCAUGGAGACCUGCUGGAGUUCGAUCCACCGUCCAACCACACGCCCUGUGUGAUGCAGAUGCAGACCCUCACAGCAGCCUUUCUCUUCUCUCUGGAGUCCCAGACAACCAUCGGUUAUGGUUUCCGAUGCAUCACAGAGGAAUGCCCGGUUGCCAUCAUCCUCCUCAUCCUCCAGCUGGUCAUCACCAUGCUCAUGGAAAUCUUCAUCACUGGCACCUUUCUGGCCAAGAUUGCACGGCCAAAGAAGCGAAGUGAGACGGUGAAGUUUAGCCAGCAUGCUGUUGUAUCAACUUAUGAAGGCCAACCCUGCCUGAUGAUCCGGGUGGCCAACAUGCGCAAGAGUCUUCUUCUCGGAUGCCAGGUGACAGGGAAACUCCUGCAGACGUCCAUGACAAAGGAAGGUGAAACAGUUCGUAUGGACCAGAGGAACGUGCCCUUCCAGGUGGACACCUCCAGCGACAGCCCCUUCCUCAUCCUUCCUCUCACCUUCUACCACAUCAUCGACGACAACAGCCCCCUGAGAGCCUGGGCCGCCAAGGGUGGCGGAUGGACAGAUCCAGAGUUGGCUGACUUUGAACUCUUGGUGAUCAUGAGUGCCACAAUAGAGCCGACCUCAGCCACCUGCCAGGUCCGCACUUCCUACCUGCCAGACGAGAUCCUCUGGGGUUACGAGUUCCCCCCCGUCGUCUCUCUCUCCCAGUCUGGCAAAUACGUUGCGGACUUUUCCUUCUUUGACAAAGUGGCGAAGACCAAGAUGACCCCUAUUUUCAAAUCAUCCAGUUCGCAACACGAAUACCAGAGCAACGGAGGUGGACUCGUGUCCGAAGUGACAGACCCGGAGAAGAUUCGUCUGGAGCAGAGCUACAGGGAGCAGCGAGGCGAAGACCGAGGCCGAGUCAGAGACGGCCCCAUAAGCGUUCGCAUCAGCAAUGUCUGAACAGCUAAACUGGCCGAAAGUGGGACAUUUUGUAGCAAAACAAUAUGAGAGCUUGUGAAGCCUUUCACACAUGUGAGACAAAGAUUGUUUUAAUUUUUUAUCAAAAUGACUCAAGGCAAACACGUAUGGUACUGCAUUUUGUAAGGAAAUAUUUGCUAAAACUGCUGUCGUUUAUUCUUAUCAUGUCACUUAUGAUGGAAUAUCAGUGAUGAUCUGACCAUCCAGGGUUUGAAUGCUCAGGACUCCAUAUCAUGUCUAUGGGUGCCUCCAAUUUGCUUAAAUUGUUUUCAGCUUAUUUAAUUAGAAAAUAGGUCCCUCUCCCCUACCAUGUCAGUCACUCCAAACAUUCACUCACACAGUGAAUCUUUAUCAAAGCAGACAGAGUGUCUGCAUGGCAUAGCAUGAGAUUAAGUCAUAAUAUCGCCUCAUUGUUGCAAUCUUUGAAACUGAAACUCUUGUAACGCAUAAUGUUUGCAUGAAAAAAGCUUUUCAAAGCUUUCCCCACCUUUUUUGUGACAUUUUUCUAUAUGAACCUAGUAAGAACUUAAGAGAGAAUGCGAAAAAUCUGCAACAACCUGGAGGAAUAAGUGUGCUCAACCUUAAACUCUUUGUUGAAUCUCUUCUUGAUUCAUUUCUAGCAUUCAGUAGGAGUUUAAUAUCAUCCAAUUUCUUGACUUGGAAACAUUUCCCAUGCCCUCUGUGCUCACAGUCUCACUGAUUUAUAAAAUCGAGUAGAACCUAGUUUUGCAUGAAGUGCAGUGGUGAAGCUGGUCUUUCGCUGAUUUAUUUGGAUGGUGAAAAAUAAAAUUCUUUUUUAUCUUCAGCUUUCUGUAAUAAUCCGUAGAUCUUUGGGCUUUUAGUUUUAUUUAUGUUUCUGUUGCUUAUUCUUUACUUCUACUUUUCCUUUUUGCCAUCUUAGUUUAUCCCUUGAGUCAGAUCAGCUGUUUUAUUGUUUCUGUUUUGGAUUUAGUUAUGUUUCUUCCUGUCAGCUGAAGGUUUUCGGGUGAAAUGUGACUAGCAUGUGGAAAUGUUCAUGACUUUAACUACUAUGACUUUAAAUAUCAUCUGAGGGAAAAGUAGCUUUAGGGAAUGAUUCAGUGACCAGCAUGUUUCAUUUUGGUUGGUUCAUUCGCUGAUGAUCUGUGGUGUUUUUGUGCCAAACUUACUGUCUGUAACUGUGGCUAAAAGUUCCAGUUUGUUUCUUUCAGACCACAACGGGCUUUUAGCCAGAACUUUUCUUUCGAAGGAAAUACUUUUAUCAUGCAGUUCUACCAUAUGAGAAAUCCCUGACGUUGCCUUCACAUGCAGACCAUAACACUUCUACAUUUCUGUUUUGUUUUAGCAUGACUGUAAUUCCUGUGGUACAAUCCUCCUGACAUAUGCUUUUGAGUUUUUGUUUAACUAUUGUUGUUUAUCCAAGAAGAGUGAAUUGAAAUUGUUUAAAAAAGUGCCUAAAGUUUUCGAUUAAGGUUGUGCACAUGUUGACAACUUUUUAUUUUUUUCUACUUUUCUUUUUCAGUAGUGUAAGGACAUGUUACAUCAAAGGUGGAAAGGAUUUAUCUUGCCCAAAUUUUUUAUAUGUCACAAAAAUCUGGUAUUCUACCAAGAGUCAGAAGACUUUUUAUGUUCACUCUAGCUGAAAACAUACAUCUCUUAAAGCAAAUGAAGUACAAAGUUUGCAAACUUAGACAAUCCAUAAAAACAAUUGUUUUGUGAAUGUAGAUAACAAAAGCUGAUUUGCAUAAACACCCAUUUAUCUGUGGUAUUUCGUCAUAUAAUGAUGUAAAAGCUGAAAGGUCAGAAACUUAUUCUGAUCUCUUUAGGUACUUCCCAGAGCACUGAAGCAUCACCUUGUGAGAGACUUUCUCACUCAAAAGCGAGACAGUCUAAAUGUGUAUUUUAAAAAUGUGAAAAACAGAAGUAAGGAAAUAAACAUAAAAUACCCCCUAAUUUCAAAGAAAAACAUUUUUCCCUCAGCUGUUCAAGUGAAUAGGUUGUAAUUUUCUGCACUUUAAAAGUGUUUAACUAUUCCCAAAAGGGAAAUUGCUUAAGAUGCACACAGCUACAGUUUGUUGAGCACAGAAGCAGAAAGUCAUAUGACUUUAAACAUUUUCUUCUUAUAUGGUAACAAAAAUAGCACCAAGCUCAAAAGUGUCGCCCUCAACUUCCUCCCAAGCAUCUGAUUAGUAUUUGAAAAUUUCCUGUUGCAAAGUUUGCAGUGGAAACUGUUGAGAAAUUUCGUAUCAACUUUAGAGUUCCUCAUGGUGCAUAGUAAACUGUAUCUGUUAGUGCUGAAUGUAAUUUUUUUUUGUUAAAUUACAAUAUGACAUCUGUUUCUGUAUCAAACGAACAUUGUAGCACUUUAUUGAAGUAAAUAAUGAUUAUUUGCACCUUCAGUAGAUUAGCUGACAAUUUGUCAAACCUUACCAUUUGUAAAAUAUUCCACUGGAAGCACUGUGAAUUUAUAUUGACCAACUUCAUUACAGCUGCUGUAAAUUUAAAAAGAUAGUCAGAAACCUGCUGUUUCUUCGUCAACGACGUGCAGAUGAACAAACUCCAGUGGAUGUAAAUACUCAUGUAGAGAUGUCGUAUCUGUGCCUUUAACAGUGAAGAAAGUCUGAUUGUUGUAAGCGUUAGACGCAAUCACUGCAUAAAGAAUUGUUGGAGUUACUAAUUCUGUGAAAUAAAAACAAAAACUCCUUCUUCACGUAUAAAUAUGAAAGUAUCUAAGGGCUGAGAUAUAAGAAUGGCUUAUAAAGCUAAGGUGGAUGUGACUGAUAUGAGAAGUGGAGGAACGAGGUGUGGUGUAUCUUCUUGUAGCUCUUUGAAUUUCAGAUUUUAAAUGAGGUAAUUCUUUAACAACUGGUCUAAUAAAGCUUAUUGUUAAAUAUUGCA